AUGGAGCAUGGCACAUACAUACGACGACCGGGCGAAGACUGGGCGGGCAUAACGAACCCAAAGGAGCGCAAGAGGCUCCAGAACAGACUGAACAAACGCGUUUGUUACCAGUUCGACUGGCUCGUGUGCGCCGCUGUCUCGCCGUUUGGACGUGACGGCCCAGUACGCGAUGCCAGGUCUACGACGCCGCCGCUGGAAAGUGGCACCGUGCCGAGUAAUCUGGUACCGACCGUGGUACAGCUGUCGAUCAGGCACCAUCCGUGGCUCGACUUGUUUCCUCUCCCUCGCAUGCGCGAUAACUUGCUGCUAGCGACUAGUAGCUAUCUAACUGCGGAAGAAGAGCAAGAGCUGUUCGACGACAUUAUGGAUUCGGGCCGAGGCAAGCACGAGUGGACAGGCCUCGUGGUCUGGGGUGAGCCGUGGGAUCCGCAGAAUUGGGAAGUCAGCAAGCCGUUUUUGGAAAGAUGGUCUUGGCUUAUGAUCGGCUGUCCGGAAAUUCUUGAAUCGACUAAUCGAUGGCGUCGUCUGAGAGGGGAGAAGCCGCUGUCAACGCCCGGGUUUAUAGUUGAAGAGGUGGAAGAUGGGGAUUAA